AUGGUGUCAACAGAACUGAUGCUUAAUAUUAACCGCUAUUUAGACUACGUAUCAUGGGUACUGUUUGUACUGACCUUUGUCAACACUAUUGGAUUUGUAUUCUUUUUGUUCCGGACUAGUCUGAUUCACACAAACCUCAAAUUUGUUAUGGUAAGGAGGGGGGUUUCGAUAGGGGUGAAUGAUUAGGAUAGUACUCAGUUUUAUGUUUUUUUAAAUUUUUUAUUAGUAUGAGACAUGUUACCUAAAAAUUUGAAAAAAAUAAUAUAGUAUUUUAAUUUUUUUAAAUUUUACUUUUUGACAUUUUUUUGUUAUACUGUAUUUUUUUAGACUUGCACGAUAAUAGAAAACCAAAUCCUCAAAAUCUGCCGCAGUACCUACCUUUAUUUUACUCCCUUCGCCGACUCACUAACCGACCGCUUCUUAUGUCGCUCACUUAACUGUAUAUACAGUGUCUGCUAUUUGGCUACAGUAUUCUCAGUAAUCACGAUAAGUGGCGAACGUCUAAUAGCAUCAUUGAACAUACGAAACUAUGAAAAGUUUUCGUACAAAUUAGGUGUUGGUUAUGUGCUGACAUUGAUAUCAGUAGGGACGAUAUUUGGCAUGCUAUCAUCUAGUAGGACGGUGAAUCCUCAACAAAAGUUGUGUUUGUUUAUCGCUGAACAUAGCGCUUUUUAUGGCCAUUUGAUAUGUGUUAUGAUGGUGGUGAGCUUGUUUGGAUGGGGAAUGCAGAUUGUGGUAUAUAGGUGGAAUGUGAGGUUGCUCAAACAAAGAAAUGUACCACUUUCUCAGCGGUACCAGGUACGGUUUUCUUUUAUAUUUCUAUAUCUUUACUUACACUCGCCCCAGAGCCCUAUUCUAGAGCCCUCGCUUAGAGCCCUAGCCCACAGCCCUAUCUCAGAGGCUUAGCCAAGAGACUCAGCCCAGAGCCUAGAGCUCUAGCCUAGAGCCUUAGCCCAGAGCCCUAGCCCAGAGCUCUAGCCCAAAGCUUUAUCCCACAGCUCUAAUCCUGGCUUGAACCGUUGCCUUCAUCAGGUUAGAAAAGUCUUGUCGUUAAUUUCUUUUGUUUUGCUUUUGAAAAACGAUAAGACUUUAUGACAAACUUUUAUUAGUAUUGUACGGUACUGAAGCUGUACGUAGGAGUAAUUAUUACCUAAAAAUGUAUUAAGAACACUAUUGACAAUGUGUUUGCAAUUGAACUACAAACUUCAAAUAAUGUAAUUUGAACGUUCCAAUACAUUUUAAAAUGUCAUUACUUUAAUUACGUUAUGCAUAACUUUGUUUCGAAGUUGUGUAUCACCUGGAAACAGAAGUGAAUUACAGAGUAAACUACGGAAUUCAAUGUUGAUGGAAGCCGUAUUUUACAAAAAAAAUUUUUAAUUUUAAAAAAAUUUUAAAACCAAAGUUUUUUUUUCAAUUAAUUAAAAAAAUAUUUUGAAAUUUCAGGUAAACGAGAAUAUAAAAGUACUACGGUUGAUAUUUCCUGUCAUGAUAUUUUACUUUGUCACAACAUUAGCUGCCACAAUAACUGUAGUCAAGAAUUUUAUUGUUCAUACGCCAAACACAGCUGAUGAUGAUUUUAAGGAAAAACUUAUUAGCAAGGUAAAGUUUAUCCUAGUUUUACUUUAGCCUCCAUAAUCACUCUACCCUACCUCACGCUUAUCCUAAUUCUACCCUAGCUGUACUCUCUAAUCUUGCCUUAGCUUUAUCUUAGCCCUCUCCUAAUUCUACUCUAGUUUCUAUUCUAAUUAACUCAUCGAUAGCUCUUACUCCUGUCUUUUUACGCCCUCCCUUAAUAUACUAAACUUCAAAAUAUUGCAACCGGUUGCAACCUUUCAUUUUAGUGCCUGCACAUUACUGGCCAAUGUUCAACAUUAGUGUUCAUGCUAAUGUUCGCUUGCCGACAUCCCGGCUUUCGGACUGUGUUAGUAUGGCGAAGGUGGCGGAAGGUGGCGGCCUUGGAGAAACCUCAUAUUAUCAAUCCGGAAUCAGUAGCCAAAACAGAAACCAAUAUUUAUUUUGAGGAGUUGAGGAAGAAUUGGGAACAAAUAUGA